AUGGAAACCUUCAAGGACAAAAUGGAUGAUAAAAGUUAUCAGAUUAUUUUUGAAACACUCGCUUCGAACCAAUUUACGAGUAGGCUUCAACUAAAACUUCUUACCUCGGAUCAAGUCGACAUGAUGUUUUCAAAGGAACAAACCUUACCUUUAGGUGCAAAAAGCUUGCUGAUGUAUCAAUUAGAUUUCCUUAAGGAAGAAUCGCCGCUUCCAGUUCGAGCCCGGGGGCAUAAAGCAGAGCGAAUGAAUAUCGAUGAAACGUCCCAACCCCAUCGAGAAAAGCACUCGAAGUCUGAGGUGGAAACGCGCCGGGUAAGUUUGCACGUGUUUUAAGCGGGAACCUUUUGGUUCGUUGUUGAAUUCAGCAUUCAGUCGAGUCUUCGUCUAACAUUUAAAUCAUUUCCGUUCUAGUGUGUUCUUCCAGCUUUGCAAGAGCAGGGAAAAAAAUUUAAAGAACAGCUCGAAAGGGGAAAACAAGAAUAUCGAGAAAUUGAAAUGAACUUGGAGUCUAGAUGA